GUUGGAACUCAUCCAAAUCUCUGUUGGUCUCUCCUAUUGCUUCUUGUACAAGACGACGGUAACCAUGUCGAAUCUCACUGUCCUCCUUUUUCUUUCCACUUUAUUAUUCUCAUCCUCCUUCGCUUUCCAAUCAGACGAGCUCCUCCUCGACGACGAGGAGUUUGGUCUUGAGGGAGGAUCCCAUCCUCGCUCGCCUGAACCAGUUACCUCAGAUUCACCGCCGAAGCAGACUCCGAGUAUCCGUAGACGGUACUCGGAUCCUGAUUUGGACUCUAAGAUCCAAUUCACCCUCGAACAUGCCUUCGGAGACUCAGAUUUCUCCCCCGCGGGUACUUUCUCCGCUCGCCUCAAGACUUGGAGCCAUGGCGGUCAGACAUUAACGAAACUGCGGUUCUCUAGGAAUGAGUUUUCUGAUGAAGAGAAAUAUGCCUUUCAAACACUGUUGAAAGGAGAUGAUUUUUAUAGAAUAAGACUUCCAUCUAAUGUUGUCAAUCCACCUGGGAGAGAGUAUGUGAUUGCAUCAGUCAGAGCUAGAUGUCUUCCACGGGAUGGUUUGGAUGAGCAUAUCGUUAUUCAUAUGGAUGGUGCCAACAUUUUGGCAGUCAGUUAUGGCUCUCCUGGAGCAUGCCCUUAUCCUCGACAAUUGAAACUUCCAGCAAAAUGGACAUUUAACUCCCACACUAUCCUGAAGAGUGGUGAGCAGGCACCAAGAACUCCAAUAUUCACGGAGGAGAUUCUUGGCAGUAGUGAGAAUAAGGAAGGUGAAGCAGAAGCGCCGGUAGAGAGAUCAUUUUGGGCAAAAUAUUGGAUGUACUUGAUACCACUUGGACUCAUAGUGAUGAAUGCUGUAACACAAGCGAGUAACAUGGCUGAAGAACAACCUGCGGGUUCUCAAGGGCAAGCACCAGCAGCGAUUCAGCGCGGUUCCGCGCCCAGGAGAAGAUGA